UAAAUUUUUCGAUGGUGCUUGUCCCCAAUAUGUUUACAGCUCGCAGUUUGCGUGUAUCGAUUGACAAGCGAAUUUCUCACCGACACAGACUUACAUAUUGCACCGUCCACAUCUUUCUGUUUUGCUCUUCAGAUUUGAACCGAUUAUAUUUUUUGGUUUAUAAUUUCUUUAUUUGAAGGGACUUAAGGAAUUUUAAGAACUUCUUUAGCGGGAAGUUUUCAAAUAUGAAAACAUUCAAAAAAUCGCAAGUGGCGAGGGAUUGAUCCCAGUUCUUGAUGUUGCGGUUCCUACGCUCGUGCGAACAACAACAAGAAAUAGUUGAAGACGACGUUUGUCAGAGGAAUUAGUGCGUUGGUUGUUUCUAGGCAACAGCCAUCGUUGUUAGUUACACGGAAAGACCAGAGGAAGCUUAAAGCUUUUAGUUUUAAUAUAAUCUACAAAACAGUCACUUGUUUAUUUGUCUCUGAACGAAAACACACAUGAAAUAGAGUAUCACACACACACACACUCACACCACUAUACAUAUAUCAUAAUUCAAAAUGUCUUCUAAGAAGAAAUCUACGAAAACUGCCAAAAAAACUAAGAAAAAAGACGGCAAGCUGGAAAAGGAUGAGAAAUUUCAGAAAUCACUGGUUGAACUGAAUGCCAUGAAAGAUUACAUUGCUCAGCGUGAUGUAAUGCUUAUGGAAAGUUUGGCAGCCGGCGAAGAACGGCACAAAGAGCUGAAUCUGUUAAAAACAGAUUUUGAGUCACAGAAAGGUGAUUACAGGUCAAUAAGAGCUGAUAUGGCACGGCAGUACAAAACCAUGGAAUCUGAAAUGAAUGCAAGGAUACUUGUUUUGGAAACUGAGUUGACGACCUGUCAAAUAAAGUUAAGUGAAAAAGAAACAGAAUUAGUACAGGCGAAAAAAAAAGCUAAACUUCUUAUGAACCAGAAACAGGAAGAAAUUGAGAUUUUUCAGCGGAAGAACAAUGCAAUGGAGAAUUCCUACAAAAACAUACUUCAUGGGGCUUUGGAUAAACUUGUGUCGAAAAUGGAGAUAUCAAAAGAACAAUGGGAGAAACGAGCCAGAAUGAUUCAGGCCAAAAAUAAGAAAGUAUUUCUUGAAUUUGGCUUAAAUCCACUUGAUUUGUAAUAUUUUUGCCUCAAGAUUUUCUGCUCCACAAGAGAAUGGAAGAGUAGAGUUGGCCUCACCAUCAUGAGAUAACAAGCAACUAUGAUGGCACUUCUUGUCCGUCCAGCUUUACAAUGAACAUAAACACACUGACCAAGUUGUUGAUAAUAGCUGAUGAAAGCCAGAGCUUGAGUGACCUGCCACAAGCUGGGUGUCCCAACGAAAUCUUCAACUUCCAUUCCAAAGACAACAUAAUUGUAGAGGUGAAAAGGAAAAAGUGAGAAGGAGGGAAAGAGAGUGAAAAUUAAU